AUGGCGUCCAAGCCUGCGACCCCUCGUCGACCGGCUGCGAGCCGCAAGAGGACCAGACCAGCGCCACCAUCUGUGUCCUCGACUGCUCUCCUCGGCCUCGACGACGACGCCGUGUCAGCGCCUUCUACCAUCUCCAAACGCCCUAGUCGCGAGCGCAUAUCUACUCCGACCACUGCCUCGUCGACCCGACCCGUUCGCGACAAGGACGCCGCCAACCCACCAGUCGCGACCUCUACGCGACCCACGCGAGAGGUGGCCACCCCAACAGCAGCCUUCUCCGCCUGGGCCGCUGCUCGCUCCGAGCCCCCUCCAAAACGAAGGAUAUAUAUACCUGGGGGCGCUGGAGGUCUGCUGUUGCCCAGAACGAGGGAUACAAGCCUCGCGAGGAGCGCGGGUGGGAGGAGUUCCACCCAAACCCUCGACAUCGAGGCCACCUUCAAGGUCUUUCGCUCGGAAGAGGUCGACGGGCUAUCUCAACAACCCGUGGCACCAGCGACGCCGGUUGCGCUGUCGUCAUCCAACCACGCCUCCAGUACGCCCCUACGCGAGGUCAACCCCGAGUCGACAGGCAACACGCCGAACCCGGGGGCAGAAUCUCAGCCCGGCGCGUCCGAAUCACCCCAAAAGCGCCGCGCUACCCGUCCCACACGAGAAUCAGCCUCUUACUUUUCGCUUCGGGAUGUGCCCGCCGCGGCGGUGCCCAAGACACCCCAAGUCUUGCCCAUCAGAAAUCAGACGGCGAAGGAGAGGCUAGACCUGAAAGCGCCCUCGUAUCGUCGAUCUGAUCGCGUCGUUCAGUUUGAAGGCAAGGGCUUUGGCCAGGCAAGAUAUGUCGACAAAUCUAUGAUGAACGUGGGAUACCAAGAAAGCGACCAGUACAUCCGACCAGAGCGUAGAAUGCUCAAGGCAACCGACGCCAAUGUCGAGGACGACAUGGAUACCGCGCUCUCCAUGAAGCCCGACGGCGAGCCGGCCGCGCCUCUCCUCACAUCCGCUCCUGUGGGCCGUGUCGAGUACGAUAUGGACGAGCAAGAUGACAUGUGGCUCGAAGCUUACAAUAUUGAGCGGAAGAGCCACGAGCUGGAGCCCAUCACUCGCGAGGUCUUCGAAAUUGCGUUAACCAAGAUCGAAAAGGAGUGGCACGCAUUAGAGAAGCGUAUUCCCAAGCCUAACCCGAAGCCACCACAGACGCACAGGCCGCGGUCGAGUUCAGCAGCAGCCGUCAACGGCGAACCGCAAGUGGGCGAAGAACAGGACUCAAAAUGUGCCAUCUGUGAUGACGGAGACUGCGAGAACACAAAUGCCAUUGUCUUCUGCGAUGGCUGCGACCUCGCAGUCCAUCAAGAGUGCUAUGGUGUGCCCUUUAUCCCCGAGGGUCAGUGGCUCUGCAGAAAGUGCCAGCUGAUUGGCCGCGGAAUACCGACCUGCAUCUUCUGCCCUACGACUGAUGGCGCCUUCAAGCAAACCAACUCGAGCAAGUGGGCUCACCUACUCUGCGCCAUGUGGAUUCCUGAAGUGUCCUUGGGCAAUCAUACCUUCAUGGAGCCAGUCAUGGAUGUGGACAAGGUUCCCAAAACCCGCUGGAAAUUAACGUGCUACAUCUGCGAUCAGAAGAUGGGAGCCUGCAUCCAGUGCAGCAACAAGUCCUGUUACCAGGCAUUUCACGUCACCUGCGCACGGAGGUCAAGGCUCUUUCUAAGAAUGAAGAACAGCCAAGGCGCGCUUGCUGUUCUUGACAACAGUAUGAUUCUCAAGGCGUACUGCGAUAAGCACUGCCCGCCCGACUACACCAAGGAGAAUGGCGUCGCUCAAGCCACGCGGGAUGCGAAGCGGUUCUACAAGAAGACCAUGAAGGGUCGCAUCUGGGCCGACAACCAAGUUGUCGCGCACGCGCUGGCGGCGACUCAUCGUCACGCCUUGACGGAUCAUGCCCCCGAUGAAAGCCAGAUGACUGGCGCGAAGUUGUCCCUGAUGGGCGACAACAAGAAGGGGCAGCCUGGAAAGCCGAUAUGGAAACUUCCCUCUGGUGCGCCUGUCAUUCCUAGGACCGUUUUCGACAUUGUCGAAAUGGCUCUCUCUCGGUUCCCCUUUAGGAAACGAAAGGAUUUCGUCAGCGAAGCGUGUCGGUAUUGGACUCUGAAAAGGGAGGCGCGUAGGGGUGCGGCGCUCCUGAAGCGACUGCAACUGCAGAUGGAGACCUUCUCGUCCAUGGAACUCACUCGUAGGAACUUUGCAGGCAUGGGUCCCUCAGGUAAAACCAGGCUGCAGAGGCGGAUCGAAUUUGCUGAGACGCUGCUGCGUGAUCUGGAGCAACUCAAGGACCUGUCGGCCCAGGUCGUCGAACGCGAGCAGCUCAAACUGGAGGCUGCUGAACUUGAGCAGGACUUUGUGGACACAUGUUACUUUCCGGUGGCAAAGCUCUUCUUCCCGGUGGUCGAGAAGGCGCUCGCGCUGGACAAGGGUGUGUUCUACGACGGGCUGGUGAAGCUUCAGUCACAACUAGACGUUCGCUUCUACACGACGACAUUAGCGUUUGCGCAUGACCUAUGCGAAGUCAUCAGCGUGGGCAUCAACACCGAGAUCAAGAAAGUGGAGACGGCGGAUGAAGAGCUCGUCGCUACCACGCUUGGGAAAGUGUCAUACGAGGACCCGAGACAGAGGAAAACACUGGGGAAGCGCAUCCUCAAGGCUGUUCAGCCACAGCUCGAGAUAGCCCUUCGAACCGAGGCAGAGAUCAGCUCCAAGCCACUUGAUCCUUUGACAAAGGAGCUGGAAGGCAUAUUGGAAGCCAGCAUCGAGUUCAAGUCUCUGUCGAAUGACGAUGGGGAGAAGACAAUAGAUGCUGACCACGAUGUGGUGAUGGCUGAUGCUUCGAUCGAGGAAAUUACGGUUGCCAAUGGCCACGUCGAAAAGAUUAGAGCAGAAGAGGGUGGCGAUGUAGAUGCCAUGGAGGUCGACGCUAUUGGUGAAGAAGACGACGGCAGUAUCGAGGUCGCCACCUCCAAUAUUGACGACAAGGGCAAGCUUCCCUCCUCCAGUUCGUCGGUUGCCGGCCUCGAAGGCAACGGCAAGGUCGCGGAGCAGGCUGAUGCGGCUCUGACGAACGGCGUCGCGGGCGCUUCUGAUACACCGCCCGCCUCCGAUGGCUACCACAGCAACUCCGCGCCGGAGCAGCCGGCGCCUCCGACGCCGCCACAAUCAAUCGGGAGCCUCGGCGCGCAGUCUAAUGACCCCCUGUCCGAAGGCGGCCUCGCAUGGCACCUCAAGGACUUCAAGCUGCGAGGCACAACCAUCCUUGCGGACCAGUGGCCUGGGCGCGACGCUAUCCGCAGCCUCAGCGAGGAGCUUUCUGACAUGGACGACCGUGAGCUUGAGGGCCUGGGCUUCGACGUCGAUGACAGCACCAUCACGGCAUCGCCCAACGGCGCCGCAGCUAGCAGCGAGGUCAUUGUGGACACAAUCGUCAGCAAAGCCAAGGCGAGCACCCGUGUUCGCAAAAAGACGCGCAGCUCUACGCGCCGGCGAUGA